GUCGAUCGUAUUGUUGUUGUCAGGUCCCAGAAGAGGCGCAUUCCUAAGAAAUAGCGGGAGAUUAUUGCGGCACUUUUCAAAACUUUCUGAUUCACGGCCACGCUGGCACCCUUGAGAAACCGUACUUUCGCUGCGAGCGUAGGCUGAUAUUGAAGUCUGAUUAUCGCUAUCAAACCGCGUUAUCUCGCAUCGCAUGUCUUUCCUGCCCCAUCAUUUCACCGUCGGGAGCUCUCCUGGCCAGUUGAUGACUGUCUCUGCAUUUUUCAGGGCAAGCCUGCGAACAUGUCAUCUCUGAAAGAAGCGAACAGGCAGAGCGGAUCGUUUGACUCUACGAAGUAUGACAUUGAAGACCUCCUGUUCAAAGUGCUUGUCAUUGGCGACUUCGGUGUUGGAAAGACAUCAUUAAUCCGGCGUUAUACAGAAGGUGUGUUCAAUCCGGCCUACAAGAUCACCAUCGGUGUGGACUUUUCUCUAAAGCAUCUCGUCUAUAAUGGCAAUAAGCACAUAACCCUACAGCUGUGGGACAUCGCUGGACAUGAACGCUUUGGAUACAUGACACGGGUGUACUACAAGUACGCCACUGCUGCUGUGAUCGUCUACGACUUGUCAAGGCCAGCGACCCUUCACUCUGUGCUGAAGUGGAAGGCCGACCUCGCUGCCAAGGUGGAGCUGCCAAACGGACGGCCCCUGCCCGUGCUACUGGUGGCCAACAAGUGCGACCUGGGCUCCCAGCCGCCCAAUGCCCGCUUUCUCAGCAACUUCUGCCAGGAGCAUGGCUUCGCCGGGUGGUUCCCUACCUCGGCCAAGGAGGACAUCAACAUAAACGAAGCCAUGCGUUGCCUGGUGGAGGAAGUGCUGGCUCAGCGAGAGGACUGCCACCUGGUUGGCCACCAAGACCAGUCGCUGAAGCGACUCGGCCCCCGCACGACGCCGUCCGGUCGCAAAUCCUGCUGCCACUGAUCACCGGAGUGAGACGCUUGACCUAAGGCCAGGCGCUUCAGCCAGGCUGUUCUGCUGGUUUGCAGGAAACGAGAUAACAGCGGUGGCCUGUCGGGCUGUUGUCUCUGCAGGUAUUCGCGGAAGCGUGAAAACGGGGCAGAGCGGCCAGCUGGGCUAGUUGAUAAUAGUUCUUGAACAUCUUGCAAGCAGUAUAAAUUACAGCACAGACAAAAGGAGAUUGAAAGACACACUGCAGCGUGAAACUCACUCCUAUAUUUUAAAAUUAAAUGUUAAGAGAACACAUACACUGGCGAUAUGCCCCCCCCCCCCCUUGCGAUUACUUCACAUAUGACGUUAGAAGGUAACUAUUUUGAAUUCUAAAAGAACAAUGAACAAUAAGCAUAGAAAUGUGAAUGUGUCAUAUGUAAAGCGGUAAAACAAUUUAUUGUGCUUUCAUUACAUGUUGAAGAUCCCCAUGCAGUCAAAAUUGAUCUAAAGUUGAGCGCUGUGAUGUGUGUCCUUCAAUUUCAUCUUAUCUGAGCUGUAAUUAGAACUGUUACCAAGAUGUUCAAGAAACGGAUUGUUGCGAGGUUGCGGGUUCAAAUUCUGGCCACCAUGGCUGCGUUAUGUUAUGGCUCGUGUGUCGUGCAUUCAUGUCAUGUUGAAGAAGAGACCCGGGUGGUUGAAGUUGAUCUAAAGCUCUCCGCAACAUCGGUCCCCUCGCAACCCACCGUGUUUUUUUCGGCACGUUGAAGCCUACAUUUUAACUUUGUUCUCUACACGUGUUCAGAACAAAAGUAUUAGACAAGCAGUAGUCCACUGACUUGCAUGGGAUGCAGCCGCUCGUUUUGCUGCUUGGAGUAGAGCGAGGUUUCGUUCCAUUCAUUCAAAGAGUUUCUUGUUUUUAUAUCCACUUGGUGGCUUGACAGCGGCACAAGGCCAGCAGUAAAAGAGCUCACUUGAAGCAAUAGCUGUCGCGUCUUUUCGUAACCUAAAGUUUUGCAUUCGAAGCCCAACUUCUCAUUUGUGUUCUAAGGCUUCUUUCAAAAACUUGGCAGAUAUUGCACAAAAAAAUUGUUUACACAACAUUUAAAACCCCUUACUGUGUUGCUGAAGUCACUGCGUAGGUGAUAUCUCCUUGCUCGGCUUGUUUUCAAGGGCACACAGAUGACUGCAGCUGUUUUAAUCCGUUUGUUUGCUGUCUAAAUGUUAAUGACAUCCAGAAGGCCUAUAUUUUUAUAUAGAUUACCUUUGUCCUCCAGCGUGGUACACACUGUCACUCCUAAUUUAAGGGCUUUCAUCAGUGUGGCUACUCUUGACGUAUGCAUUGCGCUGCUGGCUACUCCAUGUCACUUGAAUGAAAGAGCUGAUCGCACAUCAUCAAUAGUCAUAAGUUACCGUUCAGUAUUGUACUCGAACAGCAUGGUCUAACGGAGGCAGCUUUCUGAGCAAGCGAAUCCAGUAAUAGCUAUGCCAUUCCUGGAAUCUGCCUUAGCCUGUGGAGCCUCCUUUCUUAGCUGUCUUUGAUGGCUCAUUCUGAAGGGAGCAGUUGUAUCUGGUGGCUAGCUGGCAUCGUAGCAGCAUAAACACUGCGAUUAUGCCGUCUGCACAUGACCAUCUUGCGGGUCAUUCCUUGUGUUGCGAAGUCGCGCUUAAGCUUAUUUUGUGGAGACAGAGAGCGUGAGCGUUCCACUUCGUAUGCAGCGGCUGUUUACCGCGAGUGAGCUGCAGGGAAUGUAAUCUAAGGAAUGCCGUUCGUGGAAGCGGUCGUUCCAAUGUGGGUGGAAGGCUCAUUUAAAUGUUCUUCUACAUGUAAGCACCCCAUGUGGUCGACAGAUUAGCCUUUUUAUUACAUUUUUUUGUAACAAAAGUUCAAAGAACUGUCAUCAGGUGUCUAUCACCGAUGUUGCAGUGUGAUUCUCCAUGCUGCCCCGUUCUGUCAAAUCCGCCAUAGCUUCUGUAUAUGUUGACCGUACCGCUGUCCUCGGUGGAGGAUUCAUGCACAAUUCGUGAGAAGAACCACACCCCAAAAAUGAAAUGAGAGAAAAAAAAAUAACAGAAGAAGAAUCUUUUUGUGCACUGCUCCAAAUGCUUCGUAUCCAUGACGAGAGGUAGGGAACAAAAAUUUUGUGCAUGGCGUGUCACUUCAUUUCUUGAGCGAGCACAGUUUCCUUACACUUUUGCUCAGGUUAAAUUUGUUUCAAUUGCAUGUUGUACUUCA